GAAAUCGAAACUGUAGGUAGGAGGGGUUUAGGAAUGACUCCAGGAAAGAAACCUGCAGGCGAAAGUCGAUGUGAACUGACGGUUUAUUUUCAGAGAAAUGAGCCGAGGCUGCGCAGUGACCUGCGUCCUCUGCGGUCGCUCCCAGGAAUGUCCAAAAACCGGAACCUUAUCGACCAAAGACCAGAUCACGGCGCAUGAGAACUGCCUGCUCUUUGCUUCGGGCAUUUUUUGCACCAGCACGCCACAGUUUGACGACCUGUUUGGCUUCUCUGUCACAGACGUGCAGAAGGAGGUGAAACGAGGACGCAAACUGACCUGUAGCGGCUGCAAAAAAAAGGGGGCCACAGCAGGGUGCGAGGUAGGACGCUGCAAGAGGACUUUCCAUUACCCGUGUGCUGUCGAAGGGGGAGCCAAGACGUUUGAGAAUAAUGACGAUGGGAAAUAUGGACUGUACUGCGUGCGCCACAGUAAUACAGAAAACGGCAGUUCGGAAAAUAAACGCAAAAAGUCCCCAUCCUUCAAGAACCCCGGCGAAGUUGCAUCGCUCAAAAUGUUUGAUUGUGUUUCGUUCUUGUUUUUCCAGAGACAGCUGAGUUUCAAUGAGGAAGAAGAGAAAAGCCCAUCGAGUAGAAGAUCAUUUAAAAGGAAAAGGAUAUUAUCCGAUUCUUCAAACACAGACGAGGAAGGACUUUUGCCUCCAUUAGAGUCAGAUUUGGAGGAUAGUGUACAGGAGCAAGAAUCAGCUCAGUCCCUUCCCAUCAGCAAGUUCUCUAAAAACCCUCCAGGUUCCUCAGCAGGGAUUCCGGCGGAGAAUGUGAACACAGAUGUACACAACGAAGAGAAUGAAACACUCGUACAUUCUGAGAGGGAUAGCAGAGGUCCAAGAGAAAGUGGAGGAAACGUACAGAGAAGAUCCACUAGAAAACACACUGAACUUGAUGCGGAGUCUGAGAGUUUGCUGUCUGGGGUGGCAGUCGGCACCAUGCUUCUCUUAAAUCCUGCACUUGCAGCUGUAACCGAGGAGAGUCGCCACAUUCAGAUGGUAGAGACGGAGGUGCAGACGGUGAAGAGGGAAAUAGAAGAGUUCGUCUUUGAAGAGGAUCUGGUCCAGGCUUAUGAAGAACCCGUCCUCAAACCCUCCGUCUCCGUCCCACAGCAGAGCUCCACCGCUUCCCCACAGCACUCCAAGCCCAGCAGCUCUGUGCCGUUCUCCAGCUUUAAAGAAGUUCUGCCUGAAUCCAUCUGUGUUACUAUCCCCCCUCCCCCUUCCCCCUCUCCUUCAGAAGAAUGGCCCACCCCUCUAGCACCUCUACCUAGAGAGGUUGCCUUAGCACAUCCACCAGAACCACCCUCCCCACACGCACCCCUAAUCACCGAGCCUGCCGGAACACCUCCAUCAGACCCAAAGCCUGACAUCGACUCGGCCAGCUUCUGGAGAAACUGCAACGCGGCCGGGUUUACGGAGGCCAUCUUCACCGACUUUAUUACGGAAAUAAACAACAUGUUCAGCAGGAUCCAGGAUGAGCGGGCCAGCCAGGAAGAUUAUGACCGGGCACUUUCGAUGAUAAUGGACUCAGGAAGACUUGCAGACCUUGUUACCAAGCAGGAGGAAGAACUGGAAAGGAGACGAUUGGAGCUGCAGAGGGCGUCAGCGGCUCUGAAGGACGUCGUCUCGGCCCUGCAGAAAUGAUUCCAGCUGCUGGUCUCCAGCUGUUAUCACUGGUCCUGUUUUAAUGAAAAAUUGGUUGUGUUUUCACUUUGUUGAUGUAUUUUAAUGCUUUUGUAUUUUUCUUCAAUGUUAAAAGUGGUUCGAUGUAGCAGGAAUGUUCACGUUAAUCAUUGUUCAAACAUGCACCCACUGUGUUUACAAAUGGUUUAAUGUCACUGUUUUUAGGAGAGCCAAGUCUGUUUACACUCACACGUUCAUGAUGAUUGUUCGAUUAUGAAUAGUCUGUUUUUUUUAUUAAAUUCUAAAGUAAAAUUGGUGUUUUUUUUUAUUGCAACAUUUUACAGUUGGGUUUUAAAUCUCCAACAUGUUCAACACAAACUAGCAUUUUAAGAAAAAUAUUAUUUUAUUUGCACAAACACUUUUCUGUGAACUCCUUCCUUUAGCUUUUUAAGUUCUAAUAUAUAUAUUUUCUCAUGCGUUACAGCAGCAUCGGUCUUUACAAAAAAGUGCACUGUUUUAAAAUUGAAAGACCAUUUGUACCUUGUUUGAUUAAAAUGAAAGUAACAUUAAAAAUGUAUGUUUUGUUCAGACGUAUAUUCGGCUCCUUUGAAUCAAUUAGAAACGUGCUCUGCUUCCCAAACCUGUAGGUUUUGGUGGACGACCAGAUCUCUGUCCACAUUCAGGGCAUCCGUUUUAAGCAUUAUUGAUUUAUAACUUGAUGUCAACAAAUGCUGAAAACAUCAUGUUUAAGAGAUUUUCCACAAAUAACUU